CUGCUACUUCCUCUCAUCAGGUACGUCUGUAUUUGCUCUCUCAGGUUUCACCGCUGAUCCUGUAUCCUGUUUUUCUCCACAAAGCUGAGUCAGCGUGGAUGGACCUCUAAUGACUGAAAGGACCUGGAGCGCUACAGAAAGACUUCUACCACCUGAAAGAAGUCUACACAAAGACUUUUAUAACCUGAAAGAAGUCUACAGAAAGACUUCUCCCACCUGAAGAAUGCAGCGCUGCCACCAGGAAACACCAGAACACUUCCGGGAAACAGAGUUUGGAGGUCCUUCCUGGUCCAAGCAGAAGAAGAUCAUCCACUUCUCCAGCGGUGAAACUCUGGCGUUAGAAGACAGUGAGGAGGAGGAGGAAGAGCAGCCAUUCAACAGAACUCCCUUCAAAAAACCUGCAGAAAAGACAAAGUUCUCCUUCAGGAAUGUGGUCAUUCUAGUCGGCAGGAUUUCACUGCUGGCCUGUGACUUCCUAGGGGAGAGACUAGCUGGAGCUCUUGGACUAAAUGCAGCCAAAUACCAGUUUGCUGUAGAUCAGUUCCACCGAGAUCAGAAGAAACAGCCGAGUCCAGGACCAGAAGAGGUCAGGAAUCAGGAACGUUCAGAGUCGAUCCGUCUCUCUCCAGGACUGGAGGGGAGUCGCUAUGGAGCCACCGGAGGUGGAAACCAUCCUGUUGAUCCCCAGAGAUUAAGAGGAUGUGACAACAGAGGCUAUCAGACAAAUGAGGAUUACUGGAAUUACAGAAUUACAGCAUUUCCCUCUGGGGAUUAAUAAAGCCUGUCUCAGAAUGAGACAGAAGAAGGACAGCAGAAUGUGAAAUAAUGUGUGAUUAUGGUGGCAGUGAUUCAGAAAUACUAGGAGAGAAAAACUGAAGGAUUCCAUUAUGUGGUGACUGGUGUCAGUUUUAUUCGUUUAAUUCACCAAAUUCAGUAAAUUCUCAGUAAUGAAUGUAGAGGUGUGCAGGAGAUAUGUCUCCAUCAAUAAAAACAUGAAAAUACAAAAACCUU